CUCUCUCACUCACUCUCACUCUGUGUGCUGGAACAGGAGAAGGCGGGCGGUCCAGUAAGGAGACUAAUCACUGGGGCUCAUAAGGAGGGGGCCAGUGGAGAGGCUGUCCGCCGCUGCUGUAUGCCUGACCAUACAGCUGCUCUUUGUCCUCUCUCUCUCUCUCUCUCUCUGUGUCUUUAUCUCUCUCUCUGGCUCUCUCUCUCACUCGUCUGUCCGUCUGUUGACUCUCAACAUGGAGCCCAACAGCCCCAAGAAGAUCCAGUUUGCCGUCCCGCUCUUCCAGAGCCAUUUGGACCCUCAGGCAGCAGAACAUAUACGCAAGCGGAGGCCCACUCCAGCAACCCUAGUCAUCUAUAAUGACCCCAGCGCUUCAGAUGAUAAGCAGUCAGCGAGCAGUCAGGCAGAGACCCAGUCUGCCCAACUGUCUCCGGCCCAGAGGAAGACCAGCGUCUACACGCCGCCCACCAUGAGAGGCAGGGAACACUCCGACUCACAGAGAUCUGGCCAGGAGGAGAGUCUUCACCCUCAAAAGCUCUCCACACUUUCGGAGGAGCCGGCGGACGUCCUGCCCCGGCGCAAAGACACGCCUUACCAACAGCAGCCACCGUUCACCACAGGAGGGCAGAUGAUGAAGGGCCAGGCGGAGUCUUCCUCUGCGUUUCAGGAGGAUGAGGAGAGCUGCGGUGAGGAGAGAGAGGCGCAGGCCGAGUAACAAAUUAAUUCAUUUUUAAGGAAGUGAUUGAAAAUGUUUUGUUCUUAACGACUCCUGUUUUUGUCCUUUUUGGCCCACUGAGAGUUUUAAAUUUGGUAAUGGGCUUUGAUUUUUUCUCAGAUUUGAUUUUCUUUUAUUGUUUUUAAAGAUUGUUUCUUUAUGUCCACGGUUCAUGUUUUUUUUUUUUAUCCUAUCUUUUCAGAUUUUAUAUCCCUGUGAAUCAGAGGUGAUGAUGAGAAACGAGAUGUCACAGCUAUGCAUCACAGCAAUACACUAGAGAAAUGAACGAGUGAGGAACUAUGAUGAUUACACUAUUUUUGGUCAGUGUUCAGAACGAUCUGUGGCAGAUGCAGUAUUUUUGUAGUCCUGGCUGUUUUGUAUUGAGAAGAGGCCGCAGCUCGAGGCAGAUUUAAAGCUCCAUAUCUACACCAGCAUGGCCUUUUACACAAUGUUAGAUCAGUUUAUAAUCCAAAAACAAACAGAAAGAAAUAUAUACUUGCUACUAUUUGUGUUAAAACUUUAUUUGAGGUGUAACAGAGCAAACCUUUAGAGGCUGAGGAAACCAACUGUUGCUUAAAAUGGUCACUUUUGUUUUGAACUGAAGUGGUGGUUCCACCAAUGUUUCAGAAAGUACAUCAUUUAAUGGUUAAGAUGUAAACAAAGUCAUUCAGAUUGAUUUGUCUCUGUUCUAGAGAAACUUGAAUGGCAGUAAAUGGAACAAGACUUUUGUUAAGUUUCAUGCAUCUAAAAGCUCCCUCACAGAUGAUGAAAAUGUUAUGAUUACACCGCCUGAUGUCUAAGAUGUGAUAUUACAAUAGUUCUGAGAAAGUUUUGGCCUAAAAUAUAUUUUUAAACAGUCAUGUAUGAUAUCUAAAAAUAAUUAGCAUGAUAUUUGCUAGUUAAAAAAUCAUGAUUAUUGAUUAUAUCACCACCUCCAAACAAUACACACGUUCUGCUGAAGCUUUUUGUACUUUCUAUUAUAUUUUUGGUUUAUAUUCUUUUAAAAACCUUAAAAAUCACAUAUUAAAUAAUACAAUACUGAGUAACUCAACAUCUUUUGAAAACUACUGUAAAACUACACCUGUCAUUUUAAUAGAUCUUACUUAAAUAAACGUGCACUCUUGAGCUCCUUCUGGUGUGGAUUCACUCUAGAAUUUAGCUAUAGAUGCCUUUGGAAAAGCAUGAAUAAUUAUAUUUUUAUAAUUUAUGACUCAUAUAUAACUAAUAUAUGACUCAUCUGAAUCAUCAAGACACUUCACCUGUAAGAAAAAUAAUGCAACUUUUUCUCAGAUGAUAAAUCACACUCUGGGAAACAGAAACCAGAGCAGAGACAGUUUGGAAUUUACUGCAGCCUAAUGGAUUUUUAAGGCCCCGUAAUAACCCAACAUUUUAUCAGUAAAAGUGAAUAAAACAUUAAGUGUACACAUUAUUUAACAUUAUUUAGCAAGCUGUUUAAAUAAUUUAGUUCUCUCUAGUUUUCUGUCAGUUCAAUUCCCAAAACAGCAAUUAUCACCUUUGAAGCAUCGUCACCGACAAUAUCCAAUAACACUGCUCAAUCGCUUAGGCCUAAUAUAAAACACAUUCAUGGUGGAGUGAUAAAUGCAGGAUGUUAUGAGACAAAAUAGUCCCCAAAGAAAACAUAUUCUUUCAGAUUUAUCACUUUCUUUACCAUCAUCAAUAUUCCAUAUAAACUCAGAAGACUCGUGUAGGUUCUCUGGUGGUUUAGGAAAGUAAAUAAAAUGUCUAUAUUUGUGUUGUAGUCAUGGUGACCCCUGGUUCCUAUCACCACCACAAGACAUCUGAACCAUUUCACACCAAACCACUCUGAAUGACUCUGUUUUCAUCUCAGCCACUGAAAUUUUGAAAUAUUGGUGGAAUUCCCCUAAGGCUUAAAUAAGCCAAUGGGAAAAAAAAUCUUAAUGUGAUUGCAUGACAUUUACAUUAUUAUGGGUUCAGUUUUCACAGCAAUGAUUAUGAUUUUAAUUCAAAUAACUCCUGAAUGUUCAUCAACACCCUGUUAAAGAGUGUUAUGGCAUAAACGGCCACAGUUCCAUGUUGACAGCAUGCUGGCAGAAUUAGCUGUGCAUUUUUACAGCCGUUGUUGGUGAUGAAAUGUAUUUAGCAGAAAUUUCCAGAUGGUCAGCAGCUUGAUCCAUUAAAGAAAAAAUAAAGAAAUAAAUAAACUUGGUUGUGCUCUCUA